AUGGGUCUGGAGGGAGAUGUGGGAAUCACAGUUGGGGUGGAGGGAAUGGAGCCGCCCACCCAGGAAGUAUGUCUAGAGAAUGGCAGAAGAGGACUGAGGCCAGAGCUCUGGGGAGCGUCUCCAGUGAAUGCAGAGGAAGUCCUGGGAGAAACUCUCAAGGGAUAUGAGUUUGGAUAUUCUUUUUUUGUAGAGAAACCAGGGAAGUGUCCCAAAGAGAGGCUCCACUGUACUUCUUUGAAUUCUAGCUGUGAAACGGAUUUGGACUGCCAAGAUUACUUGAAGUGCUGCAGUUUCAACUGUAUGAAGACGUGCUUGGAUCCCUACAAAGAACCCUGCUUGCUGCCGCUUAAGCCAGGAGAUUGCCAUGAUCAAGAGACGCGCUAUUUUUACAGCCCUAAAAAUCAUCAGUGCAUGAGCUUUGUGUAUCGAGGCUGCCAUGGGAAUGUCAACAACUUCCUCUCCAAGAAUAACUGCAAGAAAGCCUGUGCACGAGUCUUCAAGAAAGGACAGUGCCCGCUCUUCCCUUUCAACAACCGUAUGGAGUGUCCAAGUGGGUGUAGGAGUGACUACGAUUGCCCCAGGACUGACAAGUGUUGUGAUUCCGCGUGUGGCUUUGUUUGUGCCAAAGCCUGGAAAGGUGAGGACUGGGGAAAUACCUCCCAAAGUCUCCUGGGCAUAGGCCAAGGUUGCUAGGCUGUCCCACUGUGUGGAGAGGUGUCUCGAACCUCAGCUGUGCCUUGAGUUGGUGACCGAUGAGGACCCCUUGAGAACAUUUCCUUUUCAAGGCCCACCCAGUGCUCUCAUGUUGCCCUCCUGGCCUCUGGAGACAAUUGUGCUGCUCUUGAAAACCAGUCAUGCCUCGCAUGAGAAGUUAUUUGUUCUCAUUCCCCAAUGCCCUGCAAGGUGACAAUAUCCACUGAUUCUCACAAAAAAGUUAGUGGCUAAUAAGUGUAUUCCUAACAAGACCUCAUGUCUGCCCAGAACGUCAGAGCAUGCACAGCAUAGUCACAUCCUAAAUGGUGUGCUGGGAA